CCCCACCAAAAUCGACAGUUUUUAUUAAUAUUUAUUUCAAUUUCUAUUUUUCUAAUUUCUUUAUUUCUCUUACAUUUAAUUUAUGUUUUUAUUUUACUGACUCUCACUGCUACUCCGCAAAACCUGUUACUGGUAGAACUCAAAUAAUCCGACGGAUUGAAAAAAAGUGUCGCAAUCACUUAAAAAAAUCAACCUAAAUAAAAAUUUCUUCACUUCUCUAUCUUUUCACCAAAACCCCACUUCAGUUUUUUCUUUUAAGCUCACACCCACCACCUUCUCUUUCUCUCUCCUGCUUCUUUUGGAUUUUUUCUGGGGAAUGCACACCAACUGUUCGAUGAAUUGCUUGAAUGAACUUUGAUCAUAAAAAUGGAGGAUCAGCUCUCAAAACAAACCUCAAUUUUUGGGAUACGAUUAUGGGUUUUGGUUGGAAUUUCUGUAGGAGCCGCCAUUGUUAUCUUUCUCUUCCUUGUAUCUCUUUGGUUCUUCUCAAAGCGCAACAAUAGCAAGAAAGCGAAGCAAUCUCAACUUCCACCCACCUCAAAUACAACAAUAAUCCCAGUUUUAUCGAAAGAAAUCCAAGAGAUUACUGUUGCAAAACCAGCUCAUACGAAUACCCAUGUCCAUCAACAUCAUCAACCCGACCCGGAUAGAAUUAUGGGUAUUGACGAUAAUCAUGCUUUGAUUGUGAAAGAAGGAAGAGAGGAAAGAAUCCAAAUUGAGAUGUUGGGUAAGGAUAAAUUUGGUGGCUCAUCUUCGGCGGCGUCGGUGGGGGGUGGUCGGAAUUUGGGUGAUCAUCAGGUGGCUACGGUGGUGCCGGAAGUGUCCCAUUUGGGUUGGGGUCGUUGGUACACUCUCAGAGAAUUGGAGGAUGCUACUAAUAGAUUUUCUGACCAAAAUGUUAUAGGUGAAGGUGGUUAUGGUGUUGUUUAUUAUGGUGUUUUAGAUGAUAAUACCCAGAUUGCUGUCAAGAAUUUGCUCAACAACAAGGGACAAGCUGAGAAAGAAUUCAAGGUUGAAGUGGAAGCGAUUGGUCGAGUUCGGCACAAGUGUUUAGUUAAAUUGUUGGGUUAUUGUGCUGAAGGAGAACAAAGGAUGCUUGUUUAUGAGUAUGUAAAUAAUGGAAAUUUGGAACAGUGGCUUCAUGGGGAUGUUGGUCCUUGUAGUCCUCUUACUUGGGAGAGCAGGAUGAACAUUAUACUGGGAACAGCAAAAGGAUUAACUUACCUUCACGAGGGACUUGAACCAAAGGUUGUUCAUCGGGAUAUUAAGUCAAGCAACAUAUUACUGGACAAGCAGUGGAAUGCUAAGGUUUCCGACUUUGGUCUUGCAAAACUUCUUGGCUCUGAUCAUAGCUAUGUAACAACUCGUGUGAUGGGAACAUUUGGCUAUGUUGCCCCCGAGUAUGCAAGUACUGGCAUGUUGAAUGAAAGGAACGAUGUGUAUAGUUUUGGAAUCCUCAUUAUGGAAAUUAUUUCUGGAAGAAGCCCUGUUGAUUAUAGUCGCCCUCCAGCAGAGGUGAACUUAGUUGACUGGCUUAAAACAAUGGUUACGAAUAGGAAUCCGGAGGGAGUUUUGGAUCCCAAACUACCUGAAAAACCUGCAUCUAGAGCACUCAAGAAAACUUUGCUAGUAGCCUUGCGUUGUGUUGAUCCAAAUGCACUAAAGAGGCCGAAAAUGGGGCAAGUUGUACAUAUGCUUGAAGCCGAGCAAGAAUCUUCCUUCAGAGAUGACCGCUCACGGACAUCAGGAAGGACGAUUGUUGAGACUGAUCACAAAGAAGCGACAACAUUGAAGCAGGUAAACGAAUAGAGAAUAUAACGUGAGGCAGACUUCUGAAUUCUAUUGCAAGUCUCCAACAAGGAAAGGCAUGAAAUUUUUUGCCAUUGAAAUGAAUCCAAUUUUUUUGUUUUGUUUUGGUGUUGCACCGUCUAGUUCAUUCAUUGUGUCAAUCCUUUCACAACUCGCUUUUGCAAGCCAUUCCCUGUCCUCUAAAAAAGGAUCUUCCCCUACCUUCCUUUACACUUCGUUGAAUAGCCUCAAUUCUAUAUAGACAAGUUUUGUAAAGUGAAUCUUAAGUAAUGCUAGUGCUUUAGAGCUGUUAAAAUUGAUGGUUAUGGCAUAUACUCAAGAAAAUCUAUUUCAUAUUUAUUACAAGAUCCUUAUAUCAUGUCAAUUUUUAUUUA